UAUAUCCCAAAUACACUGCUCCUUGAUUAAAUACAAAGACAUAAUGCCCUUGUGCUCAUGCAGUGUGUGACGUGCGCGUAUCCUCUGCAGUCGUAAUGCUCAUUUCGAUUGAAAGAGACCCCCUGCACAUGAUGUAAAUGAUGCAUGUAUUUCCGUGAACCGGAGACUGAACAGCGACUCGCGUCAAGCUCACGGUAGGAUCCGGCGAUACCUACCGUACCUACGACCAGCAGUAGCCCCCAAUCGCAGUCGGCGAUACGUUCCUGUGGACUGCCUAAGCGUGUGCAUGUGACGCAGCUCGGCCCACAGAUUCAUUGUUAGUGUGAUAUACAUCCAUUCCCACUGUCGCAGUUUAAACAGAGAGGGUCGUUGACCCCGCUCCAAAGGCACGAUGGGUAGGCGUGGUAGUCGCGAGGAGCUAGUCUUUGAGGAUAACAUCGGCGUUCGGAGGCCCAGCAAGCUUUUUCUUUUCAUCCUUUUUCUCCUGUUUCUGAUUAUUUUGGGCCUCACUGGGGCAUUAGUGUACUUCAUUUUGGACAGCAAAGAUUGCCGGUCCAAAGCCGCACUUGACGGGGACAUGUGCACAUCAAAGCAAUGCAUCAAGUCGGCCGCGGUUUACCUGGAUAGUAUGGACAAUACCACAAGUCCGUGCGAGAACUUUUACCAGUACGCGUGCGGUGGGUGGGUGAAGAAGCACGUGAUUCCAGAGGACAGGUCGAGGUACAGCUCCUUCAGUGCGCUGGACGAGGAUGUAACCGUGAAAUGCAAAGAGUUAAUGGAAGAGGAUGCAGUUUUGGGAGAACCCUUGGCCAUUACCAAUGUCAGGAAAUACUACAAGUCCUGCCUAGACUUGGAUACGAUUAAUAGUUUAGACGCAAAGCCCUUGACAGAUAAUUUAGAGGCGGUUGGAGGCUGGCCAGUUCUCGGUACUAACCCUGGUGGCAAUUGGUCCGAGGACAACUACGAAUUUGAGGACUUGUCGGCGAUGCUGUAUAGGGAGUAUGGAAUAAACGUUGUCGUCGCUGCGUGGGUUGGCGUGGACGACAAGAACUCGAGUCUACACGUCUUAGCGAUUGAUCAGCCUAGUCUACUGAUGGGAGGUCGCGAAUACUACCUGGAAUCGAAUUAUUCCAAGGAACGACAGGCGUAUACGGACUACAUGGUUAACGUUGCUGUCGCUCUUGGUGCUGAAGAAGACGUCGCUAAGAUCGACGCAGCUGAUGUUUUGGCUUUUGAGACAACGAUCGCUGAGUUCAGUGUUCCGCCUUCGGAGAGAAGAGACGCCGAGAAACUAUACAACCCAAUUCAACUUGGAGACCUGGUAACAAGUUACCCUGAGGUGAACUGGACGUCAUACUUUAAUCAACUCCUGCCGGCGAAGCUGACCCCGUUGCCAGACACGGAGCGCGUCAUCAACUACUCCCCGCCCUACAUGAGAAAUGCAACAGACUGGCUGAAGAGUCAGACAAAAAGGGUUGUGGCAAACUACAUGGUAUGGUGGCUGGUAGCAUCCAAGGUCGGCUCCCUGGGCGACAAGUUCCUGGACAUUCAGCAGGAGUUCUCCAGCGUGCUGAGCGGCACGUCUGCCCGAUCCGCCCGCUGGAAGCGCUGCAUUGGAGAGGUGCAAGCCAGCGUCAUGGAGCUUGCCAUGGGUAGGAUGUACGUGGACCAAUACUUCCCGGAAGAAGCCCGUCAGAAGACGGCGGAAAUGGUUGGCAACCUUAAGACAGCCUUCAAGGCCAUGUUGACAACAAACGACUGGCUGGCCGAGGACGAUAAGAAGGUCGCGGCAGAAAAGGCGGAUGCGAUGAAGGUCAACGUUGGUUACCCAGAAUGGAUAAAGGAUAACGCCAAACUUGAUAAGCACUAUGUGACGCUGGAGAACUUUACACAGGAUGGGUACUGCGAGAAUGGUGUGAAAUAUACCAGGUGGAUAUUGCAGAAGAGCUUGGGUUCCCUGCGAGACCCAGUGGACAAGGAAACGUGGGAUAUGGGGCCUGCAGAGGUCAAUGCAUACUACAGUCCCAACGAAAACAAAAUCGUGUUCCCGGCCGGUAUCUUACAGCCACCGUUCUACCAUAAGGAUUUACCUUGGUAUUCCAAUUACGGCGGUAUAGGUGUGGUCAUCGGCCACGAGAUCACGCACGGUUUCGACGACGAAGGAAGGCAGUUUGACAAGGACGGUAACCUGAAGGCGUGGUGGAGCAAGACGUCCAUCGACAAGUUCAAGCAGAGAGCGCAGUGCAUUGUUGACCAGUACUCCGCAUUUGUUAUGCCGGAGAACGGCCAACACCUGAACGGAAUACAAACGCAAGGGGAGAACAUCGCCGACAACGGCGGACUGAAGGAGUCGCUGAAGGCCUACCGUGACAAUGUGAAAAGUCAACAGAGACUGCCCGGAAUCGACUUGAACGCUGAUCAGAUGUUCUUCUUGUCGUACGGACAGGUUUGGUGCAGUCUGUACCGUCCACAGGCCGUGGCAAGUCUGAUUUUGACCAACCCGCACAGCCCUGGGCGAUACAGAGUGAUUGGUCCAACCCAGAACAGUGAAGCCUUCGCCAGUGCGUUCAACUGCAAGAGCGGAAGUUACAUGAACCCGGAGAAGAAAUGCGAAAUCUGGUAGAAAUGACACCGCACGCCCGUCACUGCGGGAAGCUCAGUACUUAAAGUCGUGAUCCGAUUGGUCAUUAUUUGGGCUUGUUUUGUUAGCAUUUAUUAUGUUGCUUAAACCAUCGUUUCGGGGCGGCAAGUGUUGGAUUUCAAUUGAUUUUUUGGAUCGUACCAUUCAGAUUGAUCUUUCGAGCACUGAGUUUCUUUUUUUUGGUAUAUCCAAGUCAUGGGAUUUCCGCAAUGGGCUUUCUCAUUUUUUUUCCCAAAUUUUGAUUUUAAUGUUUCUUUCGCACUACGCAGAGAAACCGAACACUCUAAAAACUACGUUUAGCAAUUAAAUAAAUCUUGCUAUUACUUUGUAUACAUGCUUAGCUGCUAAACAUUUGGUGUCCAAUUCUUAAACGUCAAUCUCCAGCAAAACAAUAAACAUGUUAAGCAUUUAAACAUGCUUACGAACUGAUAGAGAGAUGGUGUUUAGAAAAUCUGAGGUAAUGGCCUAGGACAGGUUGUGAUGGGAAGUUUUUUCUGUUAGACAGAAUUUUGGGGGGGGAUUAUGUAUUGUCCAAUAAAUGCAGUUGUCGACUGCACUUUAUUACCGCUCUCCCAGAGAGGUGGGACUACGUUCGACACACAACACGACAACAGGGACAAUACACCUUGCCGUGCAAGCAUACAACGCUGAUGUUUUCAUCCGUAAUGUGCUUUCGUCGUUGUGUACAAUGCAUUUUUGAUACCGUGUUCCCCUCUGGAUUGGCUAAGUUGUGAUACUUAAUAUUAGAUAUCGCAUAAUUUUGAUGUCAUUUCAACGUCACUCAAGUCAUACGUGUAAAAAGCGCUAACCGAUUGCUUACUAUGCCUAAUCCACAGUUCUUUCGAACCAGUUGGAACACGUGUCUUUUUGAGGCUGACUUUUAGUACACUAAAGAAAAGAAUAAAAUUUGUUUAUGGAGCCACCUACUUUGUAAAUUUGGAAGUAAGUGGUGUCAUCUGUUGAAAUAACUUGGAGCUGUUGUCUGCUUAUUUUGGCCAUAAGUACAGGCCCAGUUUUAUUGUAUUUUUUGCUUCGAUGUUAGUCGUUCUUUACGCUGGUCAUAGUUGCUUGUAGCCUGGCUAGAAUUAGCAAGUUGUAGUACUGAAGCUUGUAUUCACUUGUACAUCUCCGACAACUCAGUAUUAAAGAAAAAAUAGGAAAUCGCAGCAUUUUAUAUUGAUUAAAGAUAUGCAUAUUUUCUUGGAUCUAUCACUUCUAUUUUUCAAAGAAUGCUGCCUUUGGUAUGUUGUAAACAGGUAGUUCAGUAUAUUUUGUCCAAAUUGACUAUAUAGAAUUACACAGGCGUGAAUAAAAACAUGGAGCAAGUAAUGGUUACAAAUA